AUGCGUAGGUCACUAGGAACCUCGCAUUCGAACGCGCCGCGAGCCGGCGAUAGCAGCAAUAGCAGCUUCGUGCGACUUUACAUAGACUCGCUCAGCCUGCCGACUCGAGGAUUCCUCUUAACGGUCGCGAUUCUAGUAACCGCGCUGGUCCUCUUAGUCGCGCGCCGUGACGCCUCGCUGUCCGACGCCUCCUCCUCGUCCUUCUCCGCAAACCGCGCCGUUAAUUCCGGCGGCGACCCCGCGGCGAUGGCGGCGCGUCCUGCGGAGGUCCUAGUGGAGGAGAGGGAAACGGUGGUGAAUCUGCCGCCGGAAAUCACGGAGGAGGAGGGGCGGCAGCGCGUGACGCUGCGGUUCCUGGAAGGUUCCAGGAAGCCCGGGACGGGAGGAGGUGGAGGAGGGGAGGGUGCGGGUGGGGGAGCCUCGGGAAUGACGGUGGUUCUGCUGCAUGGGCGAUCGUUUGAAGCCAAGACGUGGAAAGACAUUGGCACCAUCGAGCAUCUGGCAGCAGCAGGGCACAGAGUCAUUGCCGUUGACUUGCCAGGCGGCAAGGGCCGCACCAAGGACACUCUCUCCACGCGAGCAGCGCACGAGGGCUUUAUUGCUGUGCUGUGGCUGCAUUUUGAGCUCACCAACCGAUCGGUCCUUGUGUCGCCGUCUCUCAGCGGACGCUACAGCCUGCCGUUUGUAGCGCAGCAGAGCCAGCUGAAGACCGGGCGGCAGGCCACGGGCGGGCGGCAACUGGGCGGCUAUGUGCCGGUGGCGCCUGUGAUGGUGGACUCGUAUAGUGACAAGAUAGCAGGCAGCCAGGUGCCAGCGUUGGUGAUGAAUGGGGAGAGGGAUCACCCCGACAGGGCGCAGCACCUUGCAAGCCUCUUUCUCAACCACAAGCUGGUGAUUUUUAAAGGGGCGGGCCACGCAUGCUACAUGGAGCAGCCUGAUUACUUCAACAGCCUUGUGCUGCAAUUCGUGCAACAGUUGACUGUCCCAACCGAAUUUCACUCACUCCCUCUCAUCGCCCUCGCGCACUCCCCUCCCGUCGCCUUCGCGCACUUCCCUCCCGUCGCCUUCGCGCACACCCGUCCCGUCGCCUUCGCGCACUCCCCUCCCAUCGCAUUCGCGCACUCCCCUCCCGUCGCCUUCGCGCACUCCCCUCCCGUCGCCUUCGCGCACUCCCCUCCAAAGAGGAUGAUCACUCCCUCCCGUCGCCCACGCUUCCUUCCUGACGCACGAUCACGCUCCCUCCCCUCCCGUCGCCUUUGCGCGACGCCUCUUUCGCCCCUCCUCACUCUCUUCCGUCGCCCACGCUCACUCCCCUCCCGUCGCCCACGCUCACUCCCCUCCCAUCGCUCAUGCUCAUUCCCCUUACAAUGGGGACUCCCCGUGCCUUGCAACUCUCCUUCCUCCUGCUACGCCACACCCCACACUCUCGUCUCCCCAUCCCUCAUCUCCCCUUCCCUCGUCUCCCCAUCCCUCAUCUCCCCUUCCCUCGUCUCCCUAUCCCUCAUCUCCCCUUCCCUCGUCUCCCCAUCCCUCGUCUCCCCAUCCCUCAUCUCCCCAUCCCUCACCUCCUCAUCUCUCAUCUCCCCAUCCCUCAUCUCCGCAUCCCUCAUCUCCCCAUCCCGCAUAUCCCCAUCCCUCAUCUCCCCUUCCCUCACCUCCCCAUCCCUCAUCUCCCAAUCCCGCAUCUCCCCAUCCCGCAUCUCCCCAUCCCUCAUCUCCCCAUCCCUCAUCUCCCCAUCCCUCACCUCCCCAUCUCUCACCUCCCCAUCCCUCAUCUCCCCAUCCCUCACCUCCCCAUCUCUCACCUCCCCAUCCCUCACCUCCCCAUCUCUCACCUCCCCAUCCCUCAUCUCCCCAUCCCUCACCUCCCCAUCUCUCACCUCCCCAUCCCUCACCUCCCCAUCUCUCACCUCCCCAUCCCUCAUCUCCCCAUGCCUCACCUCUCCAUCGCUCAUCCAUCCAUCCCUCAUCUCCCCAUGCCUCACCCCAUCUCCGCCGCACCCCGUGGCAUCACCUCCUUUCCCCAUCCCGUCAUUCACUCUCCCUCCGUUCCCCAUCCUUCCAUUCCCCAUGCCUACUUUCACCAUUCCACCAUACCCCAUUCACCAUACUCCUAACCCCAUCUCCUCCUCACCCCAUCUCCUCCUAUACACAUCCGCUUCUUUCCCCUUCCCUCGUCACCGCGUCCCCUCCUCUCCCCAUCCCCUCCUCUCACCAUCCCCUCUUCUCCCCACCCCCUCCCGUCCUCUCCCCAUCCGCCCAUCCCACCUCACCACUUCCCUCCUCUUCCCAUCCAUCCUCUCCUCAUCCCUCCCCAUCCGUCCUUUCCCCAUCCGAUCCUCUCACCCUCCCCUGCAAGUGUUUCCCACACCGCCCUCGGCCCAGCGGCACCUCUUCAUCCCUUGUGCUUUUCUGCACCAGGGAGCUGCUUGGGGCGCUGUGGGUGGAUGGCGGUGGGCAGAGUCACACAGCAUAGGCAGACGUGGUGCUGCAUGUCCUCCCUUUCCCCCGUCCUCCCUCCCCAUCCAUCCUUCCCUUCCUCUGUUCCUCUCUUCCUCCAUACGUCCCUUCCUCCGUUUCUCUGUCCCUCUUUUCCCCUGGUCUUGUCAUUCUUUUGUAUGCUUACCGGCUGGAAUGUUGGUUGUUUGA